UAAGAGUGGAGAGCUUGAGAUACGCUGUGAAAGGACGCAAAGGUGAAAUACUAGUAAGAGACCCCUCGCAGUGCGCUGACAGACACUGCAGCGACUGUGGCAAUUCAGACACAGAAAGGGACCAUGGUGCAACAAACGGAGACCAGCGAGGCGGAGAGUGGCAUGUCCAGGGAGGCUACGGACACCGAGGAAAAUGAAUUCAUGGCUUGCAGUCCCGUACCGAUUAACCCAGACUGGUGCAAGACUGCAACUGGACACAUUAAGAGACCAAUGAACGCUUUCAUGGUUUGGUCAAAAAUUGAGCGGAGAAAGAUUAUGGAACAGUCACCGGACAUGCAUAACGCCGAGAUAUCCAAGAGACUGGGAAAGCGUUGGAAAAUGCUGAAGGACAGUGAAAAGAUCCCCUUCAUCAGGGAAGCCGAAAGACUCCGGUUGAAACACAUGGCUGAUUAUCCAGAUUACAAAUACAGACCUAAGAAAAAACCAAAGCUCGACAGUUCAAAAACAUCAGCAUCUCCGGAAAAACCUUGCAACAAAAUAUCCAAGACAGCCGGUAAGAAAUGCUCUAAACUGAAGAGUAAAACCGGCUCCAAAUCAUCCCAUGCCUAUGGGGACGACUAUGUAUUUAAGAACUUAAAAGUUUCUAAGACUGUAAAGCAUGAACUCACUGAUGAUGACGAUGACGACGACUCCGAAGACGAUUUUCGGGUCCGGAUUAAGCAGGAGGACGAGGAGCAGAUGAGGCCGUACAGUGUAGCAAAAGUUCCCGCUAGCCCAACUUUGAGUUCAUCCGCCGAGUCUGAGGGGACCAGCAUGUACGAAGAAGUAAGGAACGCGGCACCCAACCGAAUGUUUUACAAUUUCAAGAACAUUACCAAGCAGAGCACAAUGUACCCUGCUUCCGUCUCACCAGCAUCAUCUAGGUCAGUUUCCACAUCUUCCAGCUCGAGCGAAGACGCGGACGACUUGCUUUUUGACUUCAGUUUAAAUUUCGCCCCCUCUGCUCAGAACUCCGAGCUGGGGAAUCAAAAUUCAGGAAAUCUCUCCCUCUCCUUGGUGGAUAAAGAUUUGGACUCGUUCAGUGAGGGUAGCCUGGGCUCUCACUUUGAAUUUCCAGACUAUUGUACGCCAGAGCUCAGCGAGAUGAUAGCCGGGGACUGGCUGGAAGCGAACUUUUCAGACUUGGUGUUCACAUACUAAAUUGAAAGAUCCCAUGUAAUAACAGAGAGGAAGAAAAGAAAUUAUAUGUCCUGUACAAGUUGUUUCUUACCCUGCCCUCUUCCGUGGUUUAUCUAGGGGUUUGGGGAGGAGGCGAAGUGAGGUUUGAUGAAUUAGAUGCUUAUGAAGCUGGUACUGUAGCAAAAAAAAAAGGAAAAAGUCUGCAGACGUUUUUCUGGCAGCAUGACAGGGUUUUAUGGAUUUUUCUGUAGGUCUACAAUUACUGCUCAACUAAAACGGACCACAAAGGGAAAAUCUGAGAACUUCUAUGCAUCUUACCCUCUUAAAACUGCAGGGAGCUGAAAACGUAAGACUGUGGACUGAUUCAAAACAAAUCUGUGAACUGACACUGUUCAGGAUGUUACUUCAAAACGGUUUUAUGUCAUUUCUAAAUGCCGCAAAAGUUUCUUUUUUGUAACUGAUUAUGUUUACCUAGUGGUUUGAAAAUAAGCAGCCUAAACCUCUCCAGAGUGCAGGUGUUGGAGGAAACAUUUUGAUACAUAACAGACCUCAUCUUUUUAAAUGAAAAGCAAACUAUUUUCAGGCAUAUUUUUGUACAGUUGAAAGGGAAUGUUCUUACUGUGCGUUCAGUGAGUUUCAGGCACUUCUUCCCUUUAUCAUUUGUUUUAGCAUGCAAGGGAGUCCUGGUUUCAAGGAUUAAGUUAAAUUAAAACUUGCAUUAAAAUGCCUUGUGAUUUUAAGCUAGGUUUUGUACAGUUGUAGAUCAGAUUUGUUGAGUAUUUGUAGAAGAUAUGGCAUUGGGUUGGGAAGGCAUACCUCAGUGCUGGUACUAGUUUCAAGAUUGUAUAUGUACUGUAAUAUAGUAAAGUUAGGAGUUUAUGUAUAUCAUACUCGUGAUAUGUGGAUGGGUCCCAGAUCGCAGGUGUGAAACUGGAUUUUUUUUUUUAUUUUCCUUUUGGUUAUUUUUUUAUGGCACAUACUGUUCCCCCCCUCAUUUUUGUGCAAUAUAUUUACUCUUAAAAUGCAGACCAUCUACAUUUUUUGUAGCAGAUGAUGGAUCAACAGACUCGUGCACUAUCAACAUCAUUAACUGUCAUGAUGCUGAAGUCUGUCUUGGCAAAAAUAAAUAAAUCAGCUGGAACUGAUAGAAAACUGAAAAAAUAUGGCCGUCUGGUGUGAUGCAUUACUGAGGAGAAUAACCCAGUUACUAUCUCAAUCUGACCCCCAAGGCUGGACAUUGGAUACUUUCAAACUAAAGAGAGAAAUUGACCCCAAAUAAAGUGCCAAAAUAGGCAAGUAUUAAAUGUGGGUGGUCCUGCAGAUUAUUUUCAAGCAAAAAAGUACAUUCCACACUCUUGUUUCAUAAAAUGGAACGUUUUAUUUUGAACUUAAGACUGCCUUCUUUUCUAAAAAACAAACAAACCAUAAACCUGUAUUUUGUUUCUUGCACUUAAACAGAUUUUGUUUAUUUUUAUGUGGGUCUUACAUAUGAAGUCUGUUUUGAAUACAUAGUUUGGAAUAUGACUUACAACUAUAUGCCAGUGAAAGGUUUCAAAGACAUGGCAGUAGUUACCUCACAUUCCAAGUGUGAAUCUUUGACUCAUCUUUUAAUAAACAAAUACAUACCACCAUCCACUGUUCUUUCAAUUUCUGAAUGAAAGUCAACAUGAUGGCCAGUCUAAGUUUAAAAACCAGUGCUUGUAUGGAUAGCUAUAUUCACAUUGGGCACACAUGUCUUAUGUUGGAUUUAAGUGGAAUUUGUUUUUAUCUCAACUGAUUUCUCAAUGAUUUCAAUUGUAAUAUAUUAGAACAGUGCAUGCAGGGCCAAUAAACAAUUUUUA